UGCAAUUUCCAUUCGAGAGUCGAGACUUGUAGAAGACCCGAGCAAUCCAGAAAGAGUUGAGAAAGUGAAUAUGGAAGCGGAGUCUACUAUGUCGGCAUCGGAAUUGGAAUACUUGGCAUGCUGUGGAAGCACCAAGUUCGCUAAGGAAAUGGCGAUGGCGUCUCCUUUUCCCUCUUUGAAGGAAGCCAUCACUGCCGCCAGAGAUAUAUGGUUCAAUAAGGUUGAUGUGAAUGGUUGGCUGGAAGCAUUCUCAGCUCAUCCUCAGAUUGGAGAACGUAGCCGCAAAGUCGACACUUCUGCUCAGUGGAGUAAGGGAGAGCAAUCAACUGCUUUGGCAACAGCAACUGGUUCUGGUUUACAGGAACUAGCGGAGUGGAAUUCUAAGUAUAGGCAGAAGUUUGGAUUUGUGUUUCUCAUAUGUGCCUCAGGGAGGAGCAGUGCUGAAAUACUUUCUGAGUUGAAGAGAAGAUACCCAAACAGGCCCAUUAUUGAGUUUGAGAAUGCGGCCCAGGAGCAAAUGAAGGUAACAGAAUUACGACUUGCAAAGCUGUUCUCAACUAAAGAAAAAGCUGUUCCUAGUGGUGAGCACAGUGCUACAGAUGUUGCAAAGAAAGUAGAAGAAGAUCGUGUGAGUAUCAUUGGAGGUCAUUUAACUGCUGCUUCUGAAGCUUCAGCCGGUAGAGCCUCUCAAGUUCCACCUAGAACCCGUCCACCCAUCACAACGCACGUGCUGGAUGUUUCUUGUGGAUCUCCUGCUGCUGGUGUUGAGGUACUUCUGGAAAUGUGGCAGGGCGCUCAACCCCGUCCUCUCUUUGGUGGGGCAGAUAUCGGUGGUUGGGUAUUUCUGGGGUCUUCAAGUACUGAUUCAGAUGGGCGAAGUGGUCAACUGAUGAGCAUAACUGAUGCUGUGAAGCCAGGGAUAUACAAAAUUAAUUUCAACACGGGUAAGUACUGCCCAGAAGGAUUCUUUCCCUAUGUUUCCAUUGUGUUUGAAAUCAGAGAGUCACAGAAGUGGCAGCAUUUUCAUGUUCCUCUCCUGCUUUCACCCUUUUCAUUCUCCACUUAUCGCGGAAGCUAGAACUUGGUGGUUGUCGUUAUGGACAAACUGUUGCAACAUUUGGCGAACGGUUGUCUCUAGCAAAUUUGCCAAAAUUCAGGAAGUUGUAAACGGUGGCGAGCAAAUCGUUUCAAUUUUAAAUAACUCCUUGGUGUCCUGAUGAUAUUCAAUAAUCUUAUAUACCUUUUCUUCUGCCAUGCUACGAGAACUGAGCUCACCUCUUUGGUUACUGGGUUCUACAGCAUUUGAAGUUCUGAACUGUUGUGCUGAUGUUACCGGGUUUGAAAGAUAGAGAUUUUACUGUUUUAGAUUGUGUUAUUUUCCUUCUUGAUUGGAUGUUGAUUGUAAUUUGUAACUAGAAUUUCAAAUAUUAAGGUCCAAUUGCCAAAUCCA